AUGCCUCUCCCCGGCUCCGUCGAGCUGAAGCGCCCGGACCUGAAGGGUGAAUUCACGUGCGGUGCGUGCCGCAAGAGCUUCUGCCACAUCUCCAGCCUCAACCGCCACCGCGUCAACUUCCACUCUUCGAACCGUCACUGUCGUCUCUGCGAUGCCCCGAUUCCCGUCGACGAACACUUGCGCUCCCACAUGUCACAACGGCAUCAAAUUGAGCAAGUCUUCACGUGCAGCUGCUGCAAUUGGGCAUUCCCCGACAAGAAGCAGCUGAAUAUGCACAUCUAUUCGAUGUCCAAGACCGGCCAGCCGGGCCCCGCCAACGUCAUUGCGACUGUGGAUUUGGAGCCGGGAGCCUUCGCGGUCGAACGUCCGCCUAGUCGACGCGCUUCCGGACCGGCGCCCAAAAGUCGACAGCAAGCCGCGCGGAAAGUCGAGGCCCCAGCUGCCGAAGCUACCGAAAAUCCAGUCCCAGCUUUGGCCGACGCCGUGCAGAAUAUCAUCGUUCAGAUGCUGGCCACACAGCUGCGGUUGAGGGCCAACGGUGAGGCGCCGGCCGCCUGGUUCGACGCUUUUCUCGCCAACAAUCCGGCGCUGGCCGCACUCGCUACUGAUUCCACUAUCAUGGCGCUCGCCCGCCCGGAGAGCCAGGCGACCGACACUUCCGACAGCGGUGAUGACCAAUCAACCGCGGCGCCGAGUCCUUCUACCAGCCAAAUCGCCACUCAAAAGAACGGUUCCUAUCGCGUCACGCGCUGCCCGCGAAUGUUGCCCAGCUGGGAACAACCGAGGCAGAAGAGCCCGACAAAGAACGAACGACUGUGGCCAGCGAAUUAUGGACAGGAUAAGCUGAUGGCCUGGGAGCAGCCGAUGCAAAAGAGCCCGACAAAGAACGAACGACUGUGGCCGGCGAAUUAUGGCACGAUGCUAGCGCUCGGAUCAACCUCGCUGGACGGACUGAUGGUCUGCCUCACCGACUACAGCCACGACAAGUCCGAAGACCGCCCGCUCCUCGCCAACCUGCCGCGCCUGCAGGUCGUCAGGGCGCACGAGCUCGUCGGCGUGGAUACGGUGGCCCGCUUCUACUUGACGGCCGAGUGGACGGUGGAAGAGAGCGGCAUCCUCAACACCAAGUACCCAAAGGAAUUCGGCCAACCUCUGGCUACCAAAUGCAUCAACGGACAGCGCGUGCCAUCGCUGCGCUCCCGCAUCACGUUUGCCCGGAAAGCCGGCCUUCUUGGGCAUGACGUGGCCGACCCGCAGAACUGCUGGUCCCCGGAUGUCGGCCGUGUCCAGGCCCAACCCGGCAGCUACACGCCCUUCGUCGCCUACGAUUGCACCCUCAUUUGCGAAUACACGAUGCCACGGCCGCCCUUCACGAAGUCGGCGCCAAAUUCGGGGUUCACAUGGAAGGCCGUCGACAUCGCACUAGCCGCUGAUCAGCAACGAGCGGCCGUCGAUUUUAUGAAGUACGAGUUCACGCCGCCGUCACCUUUGGAAUUUCGACUGCUCGCUAACGAGCGCUGGAAUGAGGCGCAAAAGAAGGACAGACCCGCAUUCUUUCGGCGACUUAUGUGCAAGGGAAGAUCAAUUUUGGAGGUCAUCUACAAAGCUCGAUACGUCAACGACUUCGAUUUACGCUGUUAUGCUGUGGGCGAAGGUAUGGAUUUCGGGGUGAUGAUCGACGUCAAUACCGUAUUCGAUGGAGAGCAGGCCUUCCCAGUCGAAAAUCCGAAUCCGUACGCCCUGCUCGUCGGCUGCAUCUACGACAACUCGGAGCUGGGCGAGACUAAAGUGUCGAUUCUUCCCGAAUUCCGGAGCCGCUACCUGAAGGCGCGACGCCUAGACCCGAUCAAGCCGGGCGAACACCGCAUUUUAAUCUCCGAGCAAGUGCGCGUGGUGUAUGAUGAUGACGACGAGGGAGAGCCCCUGGAAUAUCUGGACCAAUCGAUGGAUGAGGAGGACAAAUACGAUCGAUGCGUCUGGAUCAAGCCAUCGUUUCUCGACCGGGAAAUGGUAGAAGCGGGCGGAACUCCGAGGGAGAUUCGACGCUGGAUGAAGCAUCCCGAUCGCCGCAUUCAUCCCAAUCAUGUCCCAUUCGAGUUUUGGGAGCAGAAGCCGAAAAUGGUCGUCCUCGAAUGGAUCCUGACGCGAAAGGCUGACGGCAUCCUGGAAAUCUGGCAGAAUUCGGCUUCCCUGGUUAAAUCGGAGCUGAGUGAUGAGAAAAAGCGGCGCCACGAUUCUGGCUUCUACGCGCACCAGGAGCGGAUGUGCUAUCAGCCGAUAGACGAUCAGAAGCUCUCGAUCAAGGGGCUUAUCGUGGCCAAGAAGCAGGAUGAAGCCAUCGUAUGGCCAUGUAUGCCGAAGGGAGGAUGGCCCGGAGCUGCACUCAUCGAUAGGCAAUUCCUCCCAGACGGCGCCGUCGUUGGUGAUGAGGUCUCGUUCUUCGCCGUCCGGACGAAGCGCAUCGGCCGCUCCGAUCCACUCGACAUUGGACUCGUGGCUGUUUGCGAAAAGCUGAUCGACUGGCAGCCGCGCCGCAACCUCGACCCCACGUGGCGCCUCAGCCAACGCCUGGCCACCGGCGAGAUUACGCGCACCUUCCGCUUCUGCAUCCGCGAUAAUGAGCCGAAUUUCUGGGACCCGCAGCCGCAGCUCAACCUCCACGGCGAAAAGGACCUGCUGAUCGUGGAAAGCGCGUACGGCUACCGGGUGCUGGUGUGCAACGAAAAAGAAAAGACGCUCAUCAUCGACAUCAAGAACUUUGUCAAGCGGCACGCGUUCGGAAUCUUGGAGGAAGAGAUCCGCCUGCCGUGUAUCUUGCAGCCGUCGCCGAUCCAUGGCGGACGCACGCCCACCCCGCUACGCCUCGAUACAGGAUACGGCACCGUCGAGCUACUCUCCAAGCUGACGACGAGGUUGUCCGAAGAUCUCGAGACGAUGAAGCAGUACCAAAGCGACAUCAGC